GCGUCUCUGUGUUCACAUCCUGACAGUCCGCGUUCGCUGCUGCUGAGGCGAAGAGUCAACUCGCCUCUUCUCCAGGUCAGUGACGCGCGUUCCGGAAUUCGGUUUCGGGGGAUGCGCAUCGACCGGACACCGUCCCGUGGACCAUAACGCAUCCAGCCACUUCUAGACUUCUAAAACGGAGAUACCCACCGGAGUUUUUGGGGCGCUAUGGCGGGGGCAAAGUGUCUUCUGAAAACGCCGAGUAACUUCCAGUCGUCUGCCAUGUUUGAAGGCUCCGAGUCCCUGGAGGUGGAGGGAGCCAGUUCAGAGAGCACCGUGGCCUCGUCCAUCAGCGCCUGCAAGAAGGUUCUGUGCGGGAACACUGUGCUGGACUCGUCUGAGUACUGGCAGAAGAACGACAAGACUCUUUGCAGAAUCGGCUUGCUGGACGAUGACACAGAGGGCAGCUGCGCCGUGAUCUGUUUUGUGAACCUGGAUCCCGAGAAAACAGACUAUCGAGAAGACAAGUGCAUCAAGAAAUUGGCAUCAAUGUCUCCAGACCUGCCAAAGCUGGUGGAAUUACUGACAGUCCACCAACCCAAAGCUAAUGAGCUCUUCUUGCUCGGUGGGCUAGGAGCCUCAGACACCUGCCAAGCACACCCCCAGACCACCUGUCAGCAGAAGAGCACCGGGGUGUGCUUGUUUCAGUGCUGUGGGCCGAGACGUUACACCAAACCCAGCAGCGUCACCUUUGAGCUCAACAAGUUCCUCAUCGGGCUCCAGUGGGGAAAAGAACAGCAGCUUCAACACGGUCGGGUCAGUGGGCAACGUGCGGAGGACGACACGAAUCGCUCCGUCUCAUCCAUAGAAGAAGAUUUUCUGACGGCGUCGGAACACCUGGGAGAGGACAGUGAGGACGACGGUUUCAGAAACGAAACGGAGAGUGCUGAUAUGGGAGAGCGAUUGGUUGACGUCUCACAGAAACAGUGCGCCAGACUUUUAUGUCAGAGGGGACAAGCUAUCCAUCAUCAGGGCAGGGAGGACACGGAGGUAAAAAAAGAAACGCAUCAGCGCGUCAGUCUUCACACCAAGGAAUCAGCUGGCCACUACGCCACCAAUCUUGCUGAGUCAGUUCUGCAAGACGCCUUCAUACGGCUCUCUCAAGAUGAAAGCUCCUUCGUCCCAGAAGCAGCUGUCAGUGUGUCGAUCUCCAGACAUCAUUCCAACUCUGUCGGCUUCUCACACGCCAAACAACGCUCCCAACAGCGCACCUGCUCAUUUGAACUCCCGAAAAUUGUCAUCGUUCAAAGUCCAGACAGUUCUGAGGGGGCAGCGGAGUGGUCGGAGGCUCAGGUGGCGGAGGACGUGACAGAGGAAGCCAGAGAAAUACCCCAGACUCUGACCCAAACACAAGCUCUUCAACUUAUAGAAGCAGCCCAGUCUAAACACGUCGACGUGGCUUUGGCGUGCGCCGCAAGCGUAAUUGGAACCAUAUCUUCUCCGCAGCUGACGGAACAGCUCACCAUGGAAUCAGCCUCAGAAGAUGGCACAGAGGAAGAGAUGCAAGAGGAAAAAGCAGACUACUCUUUCUCUUCAGCGGUGUGUGGCAUUGCCCAGGUAGCUGGCGCAGUCGCAGCUGUGGAUUUAACAGAGGAGUCCGGGGAGGGGAGAGAUUCCGAUGCUGAUUCAAGUGAAGUUUACGCAGCAUCCAAAGGACUGAUGACAGCUGCGGAAGCUUCUGCAGCCUUCACACUCCACUGCAGUAUCGCUGAAGGUACCAGCGUAGAGGCGUUUCGUGCCAACAUCGCAGAGGUGCUUCACAGGGAAGCAGCUGAGGUGCUGACACAGCCACAGGGCUUCAAGAGUGUGGCCCACCUGCUGGAGGCAACACACAACAAGAUAGUGGAUGGAAUCACCUGUCCAAAAAAAACCUACUUGGAUGAGAAAGAGGUGGACGACUUAAUAAACGAAGUGGCGGACAGCCUUUUUAAGCAUGCCUAUGAAAAGGCCAGGAAGAAGAAAGAAUUAGAAGGCACAGGAGAAGAUGUUCCAAGUCUUCAGGUUUUCUUGCAGGAGAGUGUCAACAAUUUGCUGUUCGAUAUACUCUGCCUGGCACAAAAGAAAAUCAGCCACAUAUCGAAGUGUGAGCAGGCGUCUUUGGAAGCUCAAGAACCUCCAGUAAGUAGGAAAGUACAGGUAACCACCAAGGAGAACAAGGGUCUGUUGAAUCAGUCGCAUUUUGUGACUGGCAACAAACAUGGUGAAAACCAAAGUGGAGCUAAAGAGAGUUUCUCUCAAGAUGAAAGUGACUCCAGAGCUGCACAAAGUAAAGAGCAGCAGCUGCAGUCGUCAUGCCGACCUGGUCAGGCGAAGUCCACGGCGUCUCUAACCAAAGAGUGGACCGACCAUCCUCAGCAGCACAGCAGAGAGCACUUUGGUGAAAUUCCAGUCCACAGUACCGACAGAAGAGGUCGGACAUGUGACAGCAGACAGGCCUCCCUCACCACCCAGUCAUCCCUAAACUCCUGCAGUUCGCUGCAUUCAUGGAGGAUGGAUUCUGAGUCCAAAACCCCUAUUACUUGCUACGCUGAAGAUCUGUCUGCUACAGUGGUGUCCAUGGCGACGGAGCUUGCCGCUAUAUGUCUGGAGAAUUCUACUGGGAAGCAACCUUGGUUUUGUGCGCUGAAAGGGACGUCAAUGGAAAGUCCAGAAGCCUACCUGCUCCCUGCGUGCCGCUCGGUACUGAGGAGGAAAGAGGCUCAAAGUACCAGUGCAGCUUCGAAGAAACACAGAGCGCCGCGACUGAGCGAGAUUAAGAGGAAAACAGAGGAGCAACCCGAACUCAUGGAGCGACUGGUAAACCGUGUCGUGGACGAGUCCGUGAACCCAGAUGAGCCUCAAGACCCAUUCGCUCUUUUUGCAUCCGAGGUCACCGCCAGAAUCAUGAACUGCCCUGAGCUGAAUGUGGUGGACACCUCCAAAGCCGGCCAGCCUCGAAGCCGACUGCAGUGCGAACGGUGGAGUCGUGGGAAGGCGUCGAGUUAUGAAAGCAUUCCAGAGGAGGAUUCCGACCCCUCCGGGACAUUGAAUACUCUGGGCCCGGGAUGCCGACUGGGUCAGAACCUGAGUCGAGGAAGCUCCAUCUCCAAGCAGUCCAGUUGUGAAAGCAUCACAGACGAGUUCUCACGCUUCAUGGUGAACCAAAUGGAGACCGAAGGCAGAGGUUUCGACCUCCUUCUCGACUAUUAUGCCGGGAAAAAUGCAAGCAGCAUCCUGACUGCAGCAAUACAACAAGCUGCCUCGAAGAAAAACGGUCACCUGAAUGUCAGAACCACGUCGUGUCUGUCGAAACAGUCGAGCACGGAGAGCAUCACCGAAGAGUUCUACAGGUUCAUGCUUCGAGACAUGGACAAGGAAAACAAGGAUUAUGGAAUUGCAAAGACGAAAGAGUGGAGCAACAGCCUCUUCCCCCCUGCCUCCAGAACACCCUUUUGCAUUCGACAGUCCUCUGUUCCAGAUCGACGAUCCUCGGAUUCCAGACUGACCGUCAACUCCCCGAUCAAAGCAAACUCAUUUGAUGGAUUCGCCCGCAACGUGCACGGGGACACCCUGAACAUUUAUCCCAGCAACUCCGUGUCGGCAGCCGGGCUGUGCAAAUCGGACUCCUGCCUCUAUCAACGAGGCAAGACCGAUCAGAUCACUGACAUGCUGAUUCACGAGACCUGGUCCAGCUCCAUCGAGUCCCUGAUGAGAAAGAACAAGAUCAUUGCAGAUCCAGAAGACAGUAUUGAGUUAGAGGCCGCGGGCGACUCCCAGUCCCAUGUACAACAGUUUGCAAAUCGAUUGGCAGCUGACAUUGUUGAUAUCGGCAAGUCGUCACUCGCGGGACAGCAAGACGUUAGCCUCCCGACCCCUGCAAGUCACACGCAAUCCAGCGUGCCUGUCUGUGAGAGACGGAGGGGCUUCAAGCAGUCGCAUGUGAAUUGUAGCCGUGGAAGAGCCAGUAAAGAACAGGCGAGCUCUGGAACGUUCUCUGGCUCUGAUGACAGCAACAUGUCCCGAGUGAGGGGCCCCAGGGAGGUGCCAUUGAUCCACAUAGAGAGCGAUCAGAAGGAUGAGGAUAGGGCACCAGACGUAUCGGCAUCCACACGGACAGAGAGGACCACACCUUGCGUGAACAGUGAGAGGGACAGGCCGGCAGUGACUGCAGUAGUGAAGAGAGACAAGCGUUCUAUGAGCGCUAGCAGUGAAGAAAGCAUGGGGAGCUGGUUCCAUGUAACGCCCGAGGAUGACCCACAUGAAGAGACAAGUAGCUUUAUCCAGCUGAGCGAGGGGAACGGGACCAGCAGUGCGUCCAGCCUCGGCCUGUCAGACCUAGAUGCUUUCACUGAUGUACCCAGUCAAACCCACCUGACCAGCGAUGAGACGGAGAAGGGGGAGCAAGCGGUGACCCGGGACAACAUCAUUCUAGGAGCCUCGAGAGCAGGGGCCAGCCUGCCCCGGGAGAUGAUGGUGGUCAACUGUGACCUUGAGCCAGGGGGCGUGGACACAGAAGUGAGAGUGGCCCUGCAGUGGAUCGCCGCUUCAGAGCUGGGACUUCCUGCUCUCUGCUACAGGAAGUCUAAAGUCCAAAAGGCAGCGAAGUUCCAGAGGGUGGUCCAGCUGAUGUCUCAGAAAGCCUGGAGAAUAGCCGACUUGUUUGGUGCAGUGAUUGAGUUCUGUCAGCUUCAGGAGAGAGAAGAGGCUGUGGCCAGCCUCUUUGACUGGCUGCUGGAGACCUUGUGAGGAACCACAAUACACCAAACGAUGGUGCACACAAGCCCCAACAAUCCUGCUGUUUCUCAACUUUUAUUCCGGCAACAGAUCAGCCUCACCACUUGGCAGCUUCUUGACUGAACUGCUCCUCAAUAAAAAGCAUGCUCUCUUGCACCAAACAGGUCAUGGUAGUCUGCAGGUGAGACAUUCCAGAAGUGACCAGCCAAAAGAUCACAGUCAGUUGGUUCUAACUGCUACACCAGAUUUAUUUUCGUCCACAUAAAGAAGAAAUAGAAGCCUCACCGGUGACCUCAUAUCCUCAAUACAUUUUCUAACAAAGCUAUUUUAUAUUGUUCAAGUUGAGACACACAUUUGUGAGUGCUAGCCAACAUACCACGGAUGUUGUGACCUUUGAUCCAAGUGUGUGAUGUUGUCCAGUUGUCUGUAAAUACUGUAGAUUUGGACCAAUUGAAGUAGUGGGCUGCUGUACUGUAGAGUUUGAUGUCUAUUUCUCUACUAAGUGGUAUAUGUUUCAUCAGCGUUCGGGGGGGAAAAGCACAGCUGUAAAAUACAUCACUGUAUAACUGAAUGUAUUUAUCUUUUGACAUUAAUAAAUUCAUGUGAAGUGAAGCAGCAGUACUGGUGGUUAACACUGCGCAAAAGACAUGAGGCUGGAAUAGACUGGAUUCAUGUGUGCAGGUCAGAGGUGACGGUCAGUACCAGAUCCGACAUGUGUUGUCCUUGCUGCCUGCAGGAGGAGACAAGCAUGAGUCAGCUGGUGGCGGGUGUUGUGUGGUGACCCGAGUGUGGAGGUGUGUAUAUACCUGUGAUGAUCGUGUCACCUUCAUAGUUGAAGACACAGGAGAAGAUUUCGUCCGUGUGGCCCUCCAGGACUUGCACACAGACCCCAGACUGAGCAUCCCAGAGACGGGCCGUCUUGUCGGAGCUAGCGGUCAGAAUCCUGCUGCUCUGUGGGCUGAAACAAAUCUAACAGGAAAGGUCUCAUUUGAGCAUCAGUGGUUUGGGCAAAUAUCAGAAGACUUUUUUCGACGUUGCAACGUUUAUGACUCCCUGCAUGGUCUUCAGUGUAAAGAGUAGAGCACAGGGAAGUGUGCAGAUGACCAAAUGAGUCUUGCUCUGGGUGCUCAUGAAAAUAAAUUUCAUGUUUAUUUACAGAUUCUAAAGUGAAAGGCCACUUCAGGACGACAGCAGAACGAAAACAGAAGGGUAGAUGUGUGUCUUUUUAAGUCGCAACUGGCCUCAGAUAUAGGAGUAUUGUAUCAGGUGGGCAGUUCGAUUUCCUAGAGAACCACAUUAUGAACUGUGACUCUUGUGAGGAGCUGCCAUGCCAAAAAAAAGAUGCUAACAACAAAACGUGAAAAAAAUCCAGAUUUAUAUUUAAGUAACAAGACAGGCAACAAAACAAACCUAAAUAUAUUCAAUCUAUCUCAGGAGAAGUGUAAACAUGCCAUGAAAAUGAAAAUAUUUCCAAAAUAAAACCAAGGACCAAACGUCUAAGAAAGAUCAAAUUUAUGUCAAAAUAUAUUUUUAAUUCUCCUCCGAUGUAGAUUGAUGAAUGAGAAAUGUACACUGAAAAAUGGCCAAUGAAAAGAAGAUAAAAGAUAAGAUGAAGAUGUUUGUUAUAUUUACAAUUGAACUAGUAAGGACUAUUUAAAAAACGGGACAAAAACUAGGCAGAAGAAUUACUACACGUCAGUAGUUUUGACCUCAGUCUGACCUCAGGAGGGCUGUGAAAAUACAGGCAAAUGGCCGCACCAUGAGCAGGUCUGACAUCAGAGUGUUAUAUAAGUUUAUUCUCCACAGUCCGCUACAUUUAGUCAUAACAAAUGAAGCAGGAAGUUGUGAUGUUUUAAUCACACAUCCAUUCACACAAAAAUAAUCUUCCUGAUUCCUGACUUGGGGAUGUCAUUACACUCUGGUGUGCGAUUGCAGUCUUCAUGUCUCAGCAGGUCAAUAAAACACAGUCUGAUUGAUUUGACCAAGUCAGAGCUGAUAUUGAAACAAGUUAGAGGAGCUGACACAGUGAGCAC